AACAUGGCCCCCAAGAAACUCACAAGAAAACAAAGAGAACCUACAUAGUCUUUUCCAAGUUGUGAAAGAAGAACACUUGAAAACACUCUUAAGUAUCAUACUGCUUAUAAAUACCACACACCUAUUGAGUUUAUACAACACAAAAGUUAGGAUCAUAACCAUAUACAUUACCUAACAUUUAAACAUUUCGUAUCAUAAGAGAUGGGAAUUAGGGAAAUAUGGUCAAACCUAGGCUCAAUAAUGGCUAGCAUAAUGUUUGUAUAUGCCAUGUAUGAGAAAUUCUUCCCACCAGCACUUCGUAGAUAUCUUCGAAAAUACACUCACAAAUUCACCAACUUCAUGUACCCUUACAUCAAAAUAACCUUCUAUGAGAAAUCAGGAGAUAAUCUCAAACACAACAAAACAUACACAACCAUCCAAACAUAUCUUAGUGCUAACUCUUCACAAAGAGCUAGAAGACUUAAAGCUGAAGUUAUCAAAGAUAGCCAAAAUCCACUUGUUCUAAGCAUGGAUGACAACCAAGAGAUCACAGAUGAGUUCAAUGGUGUCAAAGUUUGGUGGUCAGCAAAUCACAUCACCUCAAGAACACAAUCAUUUUCAAUAUACCCUAGUUCAGAUGAGAAAAGAUUCUUAACCCUAACUUUCCAUAAAAGGCAUCGUGAACUCAUCACUACCUCUUACAUACAACAUGUUUUGGAACAAGGAAAGGCUAUAACAAUGAAGAAUAGGCAGUUGAAGAUUUACACUAACAAUCCAAGUAAUGAUUGGUUUAGGUAUAGAAGCACAAAGUGGAGUCACACAACUUUUGAGCACCCGGCAAGUUUUGAAACACUUGCUUUGGAACCAAAAAAGAAAGAAGAGAUUCUAAAUGAUCUUGUUAAAUUCAAGAAAGGGAAAGAGUAUUAUGCUAAAGUUGGAAAAGCUUGGAAACGUGGUUAUCUACUUUUUGGUCCUCCAGGAACCGGUAAAUCUACCAUGAUAUCGGCUAUUGCUAAUUUCAUGAACUAUGAUGUGUAUGAUCUUGAAUUAACAAUUGUCAAGGAUAACAAUGAGUUGAAAAGACUUUUGAUUGAGACGUCGAGUAAAUCGAUUAUUGUUAUUGAAGAUAUUGAUUGUUCUCUCGAUCUCACCGGGCAAAGGAAGAAGAAAAAAGAGAAAGAUGAUGUUGAGAAUGAUGAAAAGAAGGAUCCUAUAAAGAAAGCUGAAAAAGAAGAGAAAAAUGAAAGUAAGGUAACUCUUUCGGGUUUGUUGAAUUUUAUUGAUGGAAUUUGGUCAGCAUGUGGAUCAGAGAGGAUCAUAAUUUUCACAACUAAUUUUGUGGAUAAACUUGAUCCUGCUCUUAUAAGGAGAGGAAGAAUGGAUAAGCAUAUAGAAAUGUCUUAUUGUAGCUAUCAAGCUUUUAAGGUUCUUGCAAGAAACUACUUAGAUGUUGAGUUUCAUGAUGAUUUAUUUCCAAUUAUUGAAAAGUUGUUGGAAGAGACUAAUAUGACACCUGCUGAUGUUGCUGAAAAUUUGAUGCCAAAGUCAAUCACUGAAGAUUUUGAAAGUUGCUUGAAGAAUUUGAUUCAAUCUCUUGAGAUUGCAAAGAAAAAGGAUGAGGAGGAAGCAAAGAAAAAGAUAGAGGAUGAGGAAGUAAAGCUCAAGGCAGAGAAAGAGAAACUAGAAUUGGCUCAAGAGGAAGAAAAGGUUAAGGCUGAUGAAAAGUUAGAGGAAAAUGUGAAGGAGAAUGGUGUGAAAGAGAAUGGCGUCAUCCAUUGAUUUGGAUUAGAUUAAUUUCAGUAUUUAAGUCAAUUUAGUGUAUUCAGUAGUCUAAAUAAUAUUUUGAACCUUUUAUAUAAAAGCAUGGUUAAGUAUUAUUAUGUA